CUGGAGUCUAACGUGAGUUGGUUUUUAUGUUUUAACAGUUCAAGAUUGUGAUGAUACUCAUAACUGGUGUGUGCGAUGAAGAAGAAGAAAUGUUUCCAAAAAGCAAGAGAAAUUGACCAAGUUUUGACAUUAAAAACAAUGGAAUUUACUCGAUGGAUAAUGAGAGCCUAAGCGAUUGAAAAACAAACCGAAGUCAUGGAACUGAAUGAAGUGGAGGAGAAACUCAAGAAGAAACCAAGACGAGAAUCUUUUAGUUCCACACAAAAAAGAACAUCUCAAAGAACCAAAAACACUCGCACCUGCCCUCAUUGUGGAAAGAGUUUCAUGCGUAACGAACACCUCAAAAUGCACCUGCUGAUUCACACCGGAGAGAAGCCCUUCACGUGCCUUCAGUGCGGACGGAGCUUCAGAUGUAAAGGAGACCUGACGAAACACACCAGGAUCCACACCGGAGAGCGUCCGUAUGCAUGUCCUCAGUGUGGAAAGAGCUUCCCGAGCGCAUACGUCCUCAAAAGUCAUCAGCUCCUCCACUCUGGAGUGAGAUCUUUUAGCUGUGAUCAGUGCGAGAAAACCUUCAUCCUGGCCACGCACCUACAGAGACACUUGAAAAUUCAUAAAGAUAGGAAGCCUUGCUUGUGUUCGCUCUGCGGGAAGAGGUUUUUGCAUUUAAAGGAGCACCAGAAGAUGCACGCCGCUGUGAGAGCUCAUCUGUGCUUUGAGUGUGAGAAGAGCUUUACCUCUGCCAAAUCGCUCAAACAGCAUCAAAGGAUUCACACUGGAGAGAAACCUUAUAAGUGCACACGCUGUGACAAGAGAUUCACUCAGUCAGGAACCCUGAAGGAUCAUGAGAGAGUUCAUACUGGAGAAAAGCCGUAUCAGUGCUCUUCAUGCGGGAGGAACUUCAGCAGAUCAAGUAAUCUACGGACUCACAUGAGAAAGCGCUGCCGAAGUUCAUCCUCACAUCGUAAACCGUUUGAUAUUCAGAUGAAGUCAAAGAUAAUGGAGUUUGAGGAAGAACCCUGCAGAAUGAGAGAUGAAGAUACAGAGGAACAAACAGAUGAAGAUGGAAAGGAUGUCAGUCAAAAACAAGCUAGAAAAACUGGAGUCAAAAAACCUUUCACCUGCUCUGAUUGUGGAAAGAGUUACUCACGUAAACCAGACCUUAACAGACACAUGAGAUUUCACACUGGAGAAGGACUGUUCACAUGCACUCAGUGUGGAAAAGUUUUCACAGAUAAAGGAAAGCUGGAUGUACACAUGAGAGUUCACACUGGAGAAAGACCGUUCACAUGCACUCAGUGUGGGCAGAGUUACAUACAUAAACCAGACCUUAACAGACACAUGAGGAUUCACACUGGAGAGAGACCAUAUACAUGCACUCAGUGUGGAAAGAGUUUCAUUGACACACAAAACUUAAAAUCGCACAUGAAAGCUCACACUGGAGAAAAACCGUUCACAUGCACUCAGUGUGGAAAGAGUUUCGUAUCCAGAAGCUUUCUUAAAGAUCACCUGCUCUCUCACACUGGAGUGAAGUCGUUCCAUUGUGAUCAGUGUGAUAAAACAUUUGCUGUGGCAUCAAACUUAAGAAGACAUCUUAAAGUUCAUGCUGGUGUGAAGCCUCACUUUUGUUCUUUUUGUGAAAAGACUUUUGCACAUCUGCAAAAGUUAAAAGAGCAUGAGCGUAUUCAUACUGGUGUGAGACCUUAUGCAUGCUUGGACUGUGGAAAGAGCUACACUACAGCAUGUGCAUUAAAAUCACACCAGAAGAUUCACACUGGAGAGAAACCUUACAUGUGCUCACACUGUGAGAAGUGUUUUGCUCAUUUAUCAUCCCUGCAAUUUCAUGAGAGAGUUCAUACUGGAGAGAAGCCGCACCAGUGCCCUUCAUGUGGGAAGAGUUUUGCUCACUACCCAAAUCUGCACGUUCAUAUUAAAAAAAAGCGUUGCCCAAAGUUGCCCAAGUGAGAAAUGUUUCAGAUUUCAAAUUCAUCACAUCACAUUUUGGUAAACAACUCUUGAAAGAUGAAAAGAUAUUAAAUCAGUCAAGUUUGGCUAUGGGGUUUAUUCACUGUCUUUUAUUCUAUAUAUGCCCUCUUAAAUGUAUUCUGAUUGCAUGUUUUGAAACAAUGAGAAAUAAAA